AUGGCUAAUAAUAAAGAGGUCAAAGUCCUGGAGAAUUGUCAUGAGAAUGAUGGGUGUUUUGAUGAUCCUCCGCCUGCAUACUCCUCAGCACGCAAUUCAUGUGUCUCCUCGGAAAUCUCUCUGUUUACGAUAGAGCCGGACUUUGCUCCCGAAUUCACGAAUGAUACUCGUGACUUGGGGAACUAUUGUGCCGCUGAUGAAGAUGAGAAACUCAGUCUCAGCCCAGACCUUGCGUCGCGCACCUCUGCUUUCAUUCAGGCCUUUAUGCGACCAAAAGUGCAGGCACGAUUAGUGAGCGUGGGCUUAGACGAAAAGGAGUCUCAACAUCCUGGUCAAACUGCCCAGACAAGGGAAAACAUUAAGCCUCCGCCUUUGGACAUCGUGCUAAUGGUUGUUGAAGAGAGUAUAAGGCCCUUUCUAGCUGUGGCAAAACAACUUUCGAGAGACUCGCAUCGAGUUCGAAUUGCUGCGGCUGCAUCUUGCGAACACUUGGUCAGAAGUCAGGGACUUGAUUUCUUCGCCAUAACCUAUGACCAUGAGCUACCCCAAUCCAUGCAUAAUAUGGGUGGUUCCCAACCUUCAGACGAGGCUCAGGCUCGGCGCCAAUAUCUGUGGAGUAUUCAGGAAUCAUAUUAUGAAGUCUAUCACCGGUGCUGGAGGGCUUGCAUUGCUCCUUUCGAUGGAGACCGGCGACCUUAUUUGGCAGACGCAAUCAUUGCAAAUCCCAUGGCCCGUGCCCACAUCCAUUGCGCUGAACGACUUUCGAUCCCUCUUCAUAUCAUGUCAGCCUUGCCUCAAUCCCCGACUAGAGCAUUUCCCCAUCCACAUGCCAGGGUAAACCCAUACGAUGGGGUCGACCAAUCUACAGCCAACGUACUCUCUUAUGCCAUAGUUGAAGAAUCGACAUGGAAUGUGCUAACAUAUAAUUCGUUAUUAUCUGAAAGUAUACUCAAGCCAAUCAAUCAGUUCCGACAACAAGUUCUGGGCUUGAUGAGCAUAUCCCCAGUCACAGCGGGAAGGCUCGUGACUGAUCAUGAAAUUCCCCACACGUAUUUCUGUUCAAAAGUUUUGGUCCCACGACCAAAUGACUGGAGCAGUAAUCAUGGUAGGGCUUAUUGCUACUCUAGAGCAUUUAGUGGCGUCAUUAAGAAUAUAUACCAUCUGGCGCUGAUGAUCCAAGAUGCUAUUCUCAAGAAUGGAUACCGUGCCCUACUGUCCAGGGAGUGUAGACGCCUUGGUGAGCUAUUGAACAGUGACAACGUGCUCGUCACGCAGUCUGUCCCGUUUGAGUGGUUACUUCCCAGAGUGGCUGUUAUAGUACACAAUGGAAGCCAAGCCAGCACACAGUUGGCUCUGCAGUACGGGAAGCCAAGCGUGAUCAUCGCCCCCACAGAAAAUUACUUGUCAACUGCACAGACAAUUGCCAGAAUUGGAGCUGGCGCUUCGCCCCUGAUGAGCAGGACGCUUACCUCCGAAGGCCUGGCACAGGCGAUAACGUUUUGUCUCCGUACAGAUGUUCAACAGUCGACUCAGGCCAUUCGGCGACAAGUAGAGGGAGAAGCAGGACUUGAGAAUGCUAUUCAAUCGUUCUAUCGCUCCUUCCCUUCGCAGGUACAGACAUGCGGUAUCACCAAACAAUGUCUAGCCAUGUAUCAAAUCUGGAACAAACCAUCGCUCCUGGUAUCGUCCGAAGCAGCUGCAGUCUUGGUACAGGAGAACCGGAUCAAAGUCACUGAUAUCGUGCUAAUCAACCGUUGCGUAUACAAGUUACAAGCAGAAGACUCUGCCUCAUCUGAUAGUACUGCCAAGGAAUACUGGAAUGGAUUCACUAAUGCGGCAAAGGAUAUAGUAAGCGCUUCAGACCUUGUUAGCAUGAUAUCCGGCCGUCAAAAGGACAGCCCAAUAGACGAUGAGAGGAAAGUCAAACGGACUGUCGCUCGUGAUGUUGGUGUCGGCACCGCAAAAUUCUUUGGGCACAUUGCCUUGCUGCCAUUCACGAUGAACACAGUCACAUAUGGAGUCAAAAGCGUCAAGAAACACCAGGCACGAGGCGGGAAACGUGAAGAGGCUGAUGUCGCAGCGUCCUAUGAUCUCUCUGGUGACGAUGAUUUCGAUGCAGCUGCAUCCAAACGCUCCGGUGCAGGUUCUUUGGGAGAAGGGCUAGGCCCAAACACAAUGCAGAGAGGUAACUCCAACACCGGCAUCGCAACAGACAUUGAGGGAAGAAUAGGUACAAGCGCGACCCCUACAGUGAGCCAAAUACAUCUCAAAAACGAGGAGCACCUUGAAGCUAUAUGCCGUCGACAUCUGGACCGUGGUUUCAAGAGCCCCAGGAUAUCCGAUGCAGGAUUUAGAGAGAGAGUGCUUUCAGCUUUCGAUGCCUGA